AUGGACGUGUGGGGCCCAGCCCACGUCCGUGGACAGGGUCACGAGCGCUACUUCCUGCUGGUGGUUGACGAUUACUCGCGUUACACCACAGUCUUCCCCUUGCGCCGCAAGGAUGAGGUCACUGAGGUGUUGAUCGACUGGAUCCGCGCUGCUCGUCUCCAGCUCAGGCAGAGUUUCCGCUCUGACUUUCCUGUUUUGCGUCUGCACUCCGACAGAGGUGGGGAGUUUUCCUCAGGCCCUCUGCGAGCCUACUGUCGUGCGAGGGGCAUCCGCCAGACGUUCACGCUUCCGGCCUCUCCGCAGCAAAAUGGGAUUGCUGAGCGCCGCAUUGGCAUGGUCAUGGAUGUCGCUCGCACGUCCAUGAUCCAUGCGGCUGCUCCCCAUUUUCUGUGGCCAUUUGCGGUUCAGUACGCGGCGCGUCAGAUCAACCUUCAGCCCCGGGUCUCCAUGCCGGGGACCUCCCCCACUCUGCUGUGGACGGGGAAGGUUGGCGAUGCGUCUGCGUUCCGUGUCUGGGGAUCUCGGGCUUUUGUCCGAGACUUGUCUGCGGACAAGAUGUCCUCCCGUGCUGUUCCCUGCGUCUUCCUUGGCUUCCCCCCUGACGCGCCUGGCUGGCAGUUCUACCACCCCACCUCGCGCCGUGUUCUGUCCUCCCAGGACGUCACGUUUGACGAGUCGGUUCCGUACUACCGUCUCUUCCCCUACCGCGCUGCCCCCCUGCCACCCCCACCACUUUUCCUCGUGCCAGGUCCCCCCCAGGUCGACCCCCUCCCCCCUCAAGGCCCUGCUCCUUCAGGUGUGUCUCAGGUAGACCCCCCCCCCUUGGCUGAGCCUUUGGAGGUCACUUCCGACACCUCUGGCCCACCCGAGGGGGGUGACGCUGCUGCUGGCGCCCCGACGGCCUCCCGCCGCGCUCCCCGCUUGGAGACCCCUCCGGGGUUCCCUCCGCGACCUUCUUCACCGCCUCCGUCGCCGGUUCCUGUUGACUCUGGAGCUGUUGUGGGCGGUGCUCCUGGGGGCGCUGGGUCUGGGGGUGCUGAGUCUGGGGGUGCUGAGCCUGCGUGUGAGGAGACUGGAGGCCUUGCGCCUGGGGGUGCUGAGUCUGGGGGUGCUGCGUCUGGGGGUGCUGAGCCUGUAUCUGCGGAGUCUGGGGGUACUGAGUCUCGCGGGGAGCCACUUGAGGGUUCUGAGACUGCUGCUGUGCGGUCCCCUUGGCGUGGCCGCCUUCGUUCGCGUGUGCCUCUCACUCCACAGCAGCUGCACGACUGGUACGGUCGCCGUCCGGGUCGAGCUGCUGGAGCUCGGGGCUCUGCUGCUGGAGGCUCUGGUUCCGGAGACCCUGGGGCGGGAGGUGCCGGCUCUGGGGGUGCUAGUGCGGGCGGUUCUGCGGUUGGCGACCCUGCGUCUGGAGGUGCCGGUUCUGGGGGUGCUCCUCCUGGGGACACUGGAGCUUCUGGAGGUGCUGGAGCUGCUGGAGACACUGGAGCUGCUGGAGGUACUGGAGCUCGUAGAGACACUGGAGCUGCUGGAGGUGCUGGAGCUACUGGAGGUGCUGGAGCUGCUGGAGACGCUGGAGCUGCUAGAGGUGCUGGCGCUGCUGGAGACGCUGGUGCUGCUGGAGCUGCUGGAGGUGCUGGAGCUGCUGGAGGUGCUGGAGCGACCGCCGCCUGUACCUAG